AUGUCCUCGCCCCAGACAUCGUCGGACUCGCGCGAGCCGGCCGAGCCCGCUGCCGACAUCAAGCUGACCCUGGUCAUGAAGGAGAGCAUCCUGCAGAGCACACUCAAAAACAGCUACCUGCUGAGCUCGCAUCUGACCGUGUACCAGGUUCGCAUCCAGCUGCAGCGUCUCAUCAAGAACAACCUGAAGAAGCUCAAGAGCAAGGACCCGAACGAUGUAAUCGUGCCAAUCGACAUCGAUCUCAACAACCCGCCGUAUAUCUUCGUCAAUAGCUUCCUGCCCAAUGACGACAUGACUGUGUCGCAACUGUUCCUGGUGCGCGCCCCAUGA